AUGGCUACACCAGUCUUUGAAAGCUCCGACCCUACCGUCUACAAAGAGUACGAAGCUCAAUGGUCCACCCUUCCCACCGACGCUGAAGGCUGGAUCAAGCGUGCUCAGGAUGUGGCCGAUGUACUAGCCAAAGACGCACCAGCUCGUGAACGAGCAAACAAAUCUCCCAAGGCCGAGGUAGCUCUUCUGAAGCACUCUGGUCUGCUAAAGAUUCUUGGUCCGACCAAGUAUGGUGGUGGUGAGCAGCCAUGGAGUGUUGCGUUCAGAGCAGUGCGAGAAGUUACCAAGAAGGACGGAUCUGUUGGAAUGCUGCUGGGUUAUCACCUUAUCUGGUCUGCCACCGCCACCGUCGUGGGCACCCCAGAGCAAGCUGAGCGUACGCACAAGCUCAUACUAUCCAACAACUAUUUCGUCGGAGGAGCUGUCAACCCUCGUGACAGUGAUCUCAAAAUCACUUCGGAUGGUGACAAGAUUGUCUUCAACGGCUUCAAGAACUUCAGCACAGGCGGUGUCAUCUCCGACCUGACUGUUCUAGAAGGUGUAUAUGGAGACAAAGAAGAACACAUCUUUGCCAUCGUUCCCACGCAGCAGCCUGGUAUUCAGUUCAAGCAUAACUGGGACAAUGUCGGACUACGUCUUACUGAAUCCGGAAGUGUCAACAUUGAGAAUGUUUCUGCUCCGUGGGCUGAUGCCUUGGGAUGGGAUGCUGAGGCUAAGAAGCCUGAUCCUAGUAUUCUUGCUAUUCCUUUCACGAGUCUUUUCUUACCAACGAUUCAACUCAACUUUGCCAACCUUUACCUUGGCCUCGCCGCUGGUGCCCUAGAGUUCGCCCAGGCAUACACUCUCAAGAACACCCGCGCCUGGCCCUUCGGCGGCGACAACAAAGAAAAGGCAACAGACGAGUUCUACAUCCUCUCGACCUACGGCAAUUUCUUCGCCCACCAGCGCGCCGCCGAAGCCCUAGCUGAGAAGGUCAACGCCCAGGCCGACGCCCUCUACGCGACGUACUCACAGAACAGGUCCGGUGUGACAGCCGAGCAGCGCGGUGAGUUUGCAGAAUGGGUGGCCAGCCUCAAGGUUGUUACCACAGACACCGGGCUUCGGAUUACCUCGGGGGUAUUCGAGGUGACGGGCUCGAGAGCGACGUCUGCGAAGACUGGGCUGGAUCGUUUCUGGAGGGAUUUGAGAACGCAUACUUUGCAUGAUCCGGUUGCGUAUAAGAAUCGUGAGCUGGGGAGAUACUUUUUGUUGGGCGAGUAUCCGGAGUUGACUUGGUAUACUUGA